UUCAUCGUGACUCGAUUCCCGCGUGCAACCAGAACGUGUUUUGGAUUCUUUGACAACAUUUUGGGAGAGAAUAUAGAAUAACCAGGGAAUGCAGCGACAGAAACCCAAGAGGUCGGGUAAACCAGGACCGCGCCCCAAAACGAGCAAUGGAAAACCAGGCGCCGCCAACAACAAGCAGCAUCAUCGACCCAGGCCAGAGUACAACAAGUCAAAACUGGCGGCCAAUGAACUAGAGAUCCGUGCACUCCAGGACCAAUACAAAGAGAUCGAUGCACAGGCCAUCAAGAAGUUCGCACAGUUUCCACUCUCGCAAAAGACGCAGAAGGCCUUGGCAGAGGCCAAGUACGUUAAUCCAACGCCAGUGCAGCUGGAAAGCAUCGGACCAGCAUUGCAGGGCAAAGAUGUGCUGGGCGCUGCUGUCACCGGCAGUGGAAAGACAUUGGCAUUCCUCAUACCCGUCUUGGAGCAUCUGUUCAUCAACAAAUGGUCGCGCACGGAUGGAGUGGGCGCUAUUAUCAUCUCACCCACUCGCGAGCUGGCCUACCAGAUCUUCGAGACCCUUAAGAAGAUUGGCAAGCAUCACGACUUCUCGGCCGGCCUCAUUAUUGGUGGCAAGAAUCUAAAGUUUGAGCGCACGCGAAUGGACCAGUGCAACAUUUUGAUUUGCACACCCGGCCGUCUGCUGCAGCACAUGGACGAGAAUCCGUUGUUCAACACUAGCUCCAUGGAGAUUCUCGUACUGGACGAGGCGGACCGUUGCCUGGACAUGGGCUUCCAGAAGACGCUGAAUUCCAUAAUCGAAAACUUUCCGCCCCAACGGCAGACGCUGCUCUUCUCGGCCACGCAGACAAACACUGUUCAGGACUUGGCUAGACUCAAUCUAGUGGAUCCCGUCUAUGUGGGUUAUGGUGGCCAGACAGCAGCAGCAUCCACAGCCACAAAGGAGGGUGGUGGUCAGACGACUGCUGUUCUGGCUGUGCCGGAGCUGCUGCAGCAGAGCUAUGUGGUGCUCAAUCUGGAGGAUAAAAUCACCAUGCUCUGGUCGUUCAUCAAGAACCAUUUGAAGCAGAAGAUCAUCGUGUUCGUAUCCAGCUGCAAGCAGGCAAAGUAUCUCUAUGAGAUCUUCUGCAAACUAAGGCCGGGAUGUCCGCUGCUAGCACUCUAUGGAACGCUGCACCAGGAUCGCCGCAUUGCCAUCUACGAGGACUUCCUGCGCAAGAGUCACGUGGUCAUGUUCUCGACGGAUGUGGCCUCGCGCGGCCUUGACUUUCCCGCAGUGAACUGGGUUGUCCAGCUGGACUGUCCCGAGGAUGUUUCCCAGUACAUCCAUCGAGCGGGUCGCAGCGCCCGCAACAAAACCCGCGGCGAGUGCCUUCUGGUCCUGACGCCCAGUGAAGAGGAGUACAUGAUCGGGGCGCUGAAGGAGCAGCUCAACCUGAACAUCCACUGUGUGCAGAUCGAUCCGAAGAAGCUUUUCUCACCGCGCGUCAAGAUCGAGGCUUUCCUGGCGCAGUUCCCCGAGCUGCGUGCCACCGCUCAACGUGCCUUCCUCUCGUACAUCAAGUCCGUCUUUCUCAUGCGUAACAAGCGUCUGUUCAAUGUGCUCAGCCUGGACCUGGACGCCUACGCACAGUCGCUGGGCCUGGCGGUAACGCCGCGUGUUCCCUUCCUCGCGAAGUUCCUUUGGCGUCAGAAACAGCAACAGCAACAGCAGGGACAGGGACAGGAGGAGGGUCCAGCCGGCACCAGACAGAACACCUUUGGUGGGGAUGCCAGCAGUAAUGGCGAUGCUGACACCGACGAUGACGAUGAUGAUCUGAUCAAGGUCAAGCGCAGGGAUCACGAUGUGGAGGGUGGAGCCCUGGACUUACAGCUGGACGACACCAAAGAUGAGAGCGAGUCGGAGGAGCUGCUGGUGGUGCCGAAGCGGGAAAAGCUCGUUACCAAAGCGUCGCUGGCCAAGAAGGCGCUUAAGAAGAACCUGCAGGUGAACUCCAAGCUCAAGUUCAACGAGGAGGGCGAAACUGUGGCCGAUGAUCGCAGCCAGAUGAAGGCGCUCAGCACCCGGCAGCAGCGCCAGCAAAAGGACAAGAACAAGGACGACGAUGGUGGCAUUAACUUGAUGCUAUCCAAGACACUGCUCUCCGAGGAGGAUCAAUAUGAUAAGCUGCGCUUCCGCGAGCUGGUCAAGAAGCGUCACAAGUUGCAGCGCGAGAAGCUGCGCAAGAAGACGGAGGCUGCCCAAGAGGAGAGCGAAGAGGAAGAAGAAGAGGAAGAGGCGAACAACGAUCGGGAGUCGGCAGACGAUGCCAAUAGUGACAGUGAGGGCUCUGUGGACCUAUCCUGGCUGCCCGAUCCCGAUAAAGUUUACAAAAAGCAGUCCAGUGCGGAUCAUCAAUCUGAGGCUAAGCCAGCGCCCAGUUCAAGCUCUGAUGAUGAUGACCAAGACGAUGCUGAGGGCUCCGAUGACGAGCCCGCCUACAAAAAGUCCAAAAUAACGAACAAGAUGACGCUGAUGGACACGGAGGCGAUUGUGGCCAAUCUUUUGGGUAGUUAAGUGGUUAUUGGGGGUUCUUCGACUGUUUCAAUAAAUUAAUGCAAACUUACUGUUAUUAUAAUAGCCUCUAA